CCGGUAAAGUAAAGUAGGAUUACUUUACUUUACCCAGUAAAGUAAAGUAACCCAACUUUACUUUACUUGAUAAAGUAAAGAUAAAGUGCCACCCCUAAUGGCUACGCAUGUGAGAAAAUUUUUCUUGCGCUUUUUCAAUUUUCGGCAAUUCUUCCGUGAUUUUGACCAUUUUUCGCAAGUCAGUUUCACUUUUCCAUUUCUCAACAUAAAUUAAUACAUUGGUUGCAACUGUGUCCAGACAGCGGGCUUGUGGGAAUCAUUUGACCGCGUGCUAUCGAAAACGCCUAAUUUUUCGCAGUGACAUAUGAUCAUCUUCUUGGGUUCUGUAUAAAGCGACUUACUUGUAUUGAGUAGAUUGGAUAAUCUCUUACUUUUUGGUUAUCGGAUACCCCUGUUUGUUGCUGUUGCAUUCCAUCAUAUCCGAUUUCUUCCAAGUAUCAUCAAACCGUUGUCAAUAUUAACCCAUGUCAAGCAAACAAGCUCGUAAUUGGAGAAAUACGGCGUUUCAAAUCGCCCAGUAAUGUGAUCGUAUAAAUCCAUGAUCGCAUGUGCAAAAAUAUGAACGUUUAUAGACAAACAAAGCUCGUCUACACUUUUCGUUUUACUUUGUAUUUCUUCGUAUACGAUUAUAUUUCUCUGUGUACGGUUUGGAGAUAUACGAAACUCCAAAAUGUGAUUGUAUACGAAGAAACUCGGAAGAAGAGGAAGAGGGAUUACUUCAUUUUCUGAUAAGCAGAAAUCCUCAUCUUAUGUUAUUAUACUAUCAGAAGCUAUCUUGCUGAACAAAUCCCAUUAAAAUCUGACAGAAUUCUAGACUGAAUCUAGUCAUCCUAGGAACUCUUUGCUUUGAAGCAUGCGCUAUGCUACGAGUUACCUAUCUAUUGUUAGAUUCAUAUCACAAGCUUCUCUGGAGCCGAAAAAAAUGGCCAAGAAAAGUGAGCUCGAGAUUAUAAUUAUGCAUGUCGAUCUUAACCAGAAAAACAUGUUAAGAUCGUGAGAGAAUGACGAUUUCAUAUUGGAAACAUAAUUGAGUGCUUUUGCUUCCGAUAGAGAACUACAAAAAAUGGGUUCCGAUUAUGGAUAUAUAAUAUCGCUGAAGUUGAUCACUAAAAUCAUAUACUUUAGCUUCCUUAGCUAUGCAACUUGACUGAUCAGCACAUCAGUUUGUUAUGUGAUAUUUUUGUAUGAUACGGUAACAAUAAUCAAUACACUCAUGAAUAUUUUUGUCAAUGACCUGCUUCUUCGUGAGAAAAGAGGAAAAAGUGGAUUUUUUCGAAAAAAAGAGGCUAAAAAGAGGAAUUUUAAAAGAACAGAAGAAAAGGAGGAAAAAGAGGCGGAGUGGGAUCCCAGCUCAAAGCUGCUAAAAUGAUCAUAACAUUAUAAUAGAUUUAUGUAUUUCGAAAUAUUUUUUUCCAAUGAUAACUCUCAUCUUCCUCUACAAAAUAACACAAUUUGAUCAAUAACUUUGUAUAAGUUUGUUGUAGAUAUUAUCGAUUUAUAGAGAGGGGUCGAAACUUUCAAACCAUCCUUUAGUUAUCAAAUUCUACGGAAUUUAAACCUAGCAAGAGAAUCUGUAGCGCUUACCAUUAUAAACGAAAAAAAAGUCUUUCAAUUGACUCUCGGUACUGGCUUGGCUUAAAAGUUGAGCCUACCCUAGACCAAGACCGCUCCGCCGCCCAUGAUCAUAGAUGUUAUAUUUCAUCCUUCUUAUUACUGAAACUCUUUAUCUCAUUUGACAGGAGGACCGCGUAAAGAGUUUGGAAUAAUAUUUUUUAAUGUCGAUAAUAACAAUUACACUAAUAGUCAGGUAGAUAGUAUGCCUAAUUAUGCAUUAUUCUCAAUGUCACAAACGUCACUUUGUACUUAUUAUCUUUCUUAGAUUUUGAUCGUUCAUGAAAAAGGUAGUCGAAUGCUGACUUUCCCCAAAGACGAUGUGAAGAAGGGAGAAUCUGGUUGGCGAUGUGCUGUUCGUAAUAUCAGAGAGAAACUUGUGAUUCCUUCGAAUGUCUUGCCUCAUAGCAAGCCAUCAACAACAUUAAUUGAAAAUUUCAAAUUGAAGGAAUAUAAUGGUAUAAUUACAUUGUUUGUGGUCCAAGUUCAAUCAACAGCUGGAUACGCGAUCUCACCAAAAGCAAAAGAAGAGUUCAAAUCUCUUAAAUGGCGCACGAUCAGCGACAAAAACCUUUUACAUUCUGGACGACUGCAUAAACUUGUUCGUCCAUUUAUACGGUAA